AUGGCACCCUGCUGCGGGCGAUGCCCCCUCAGCGGGCUGGGGAGAGCAGCAGUGGGCCUGGCACUGGCGGCCUGUCUGGCGGGUGCCUGGGCAGGCAUGACGCAGCUGGCGAAGGCGGCGCUGCGGGACUUCGAGUCACCGUUCUUUGUGGCUUGGCACUCGGCCAGCUGGAACCUCUUGCUCUUCCCCGGCUACUGCUCCUGCCGCCUGCUGAUCUCCAGCGAGAGGAGACUGCUGCUCAAACAGUUCCGCGAAUGUAGUCAUUUUCUCAGCCAGGACCCUUUCUCUCUCAGGAGACUCCUUAAGCAGACAGCCCCUUUCUCCAUCCUCUGGACACUAACUAACUACCUGUACUUAAUGGGGCUGAAGAACAUCAGUGCCACAGAUGUCUCUGCCCUUUUCUGCUGCAAUAAAGCUUUCGUCUUCCUGCUCAGCUGGAUCGUGCUGAAAGACCGGUUUAUGGGCGUCCGGAUCGUGGCUGCAAUCCUCUCCAUUACUGGGAUCGUGCUGAUCGCCUCCGUGGACGGUUUUCGCCGCGAUUCCAUCAUAGGGGUGGCGCUGGUCGUGGCAUCCGCAUCUACCUCUGCCCUUUAUAAGGUUCUGUUUAAGCUCCUACUUGGCAGGGUGAGCUGCAGGGAAGUGGCCUUCUUCCUCACUGCACUGGGUGCCUUCAACCUCCUCUUCCUCAGCUGGGUCGCUGUCAUCCUGUACAUCACUAGAGUGGAACACUGGCCCUCUGCCAGGGACGUACCCUGGCACCAACUGUGUGGACUGGCUGUUCUUCUCUCAGUAUUCAAUGUCGUGAUCAACUGUGGAGCUACUGUAACCUUCCCUGUCUUGGUGUCACUGGGAGUCUUUCUCAGCAUACCUGUAAACGCUGUCACUGAUAUUUAUUGCGGAGCGAUGCCAGGCCUUGGUGAAGUGAGGCUAGCUGCCCUUCUUGUCCUUUGCCUUGCCUUCUUGCUUCUGCUGCUGCCAGAGGAAUGGGACUCCAUCGCUCUGGAUCUCCUGACCAAGCUCAGAGGAGAGACUGCGAAGGGGGAACUGGGGCCCGAAAACACCGAGAGCGGGUCGCAGGUCGCCGGUCGGGGUCUACAUCAGGGUGGCUGGGGUGGGCUCCUUAGUCACCAGUCUGAGGAGCUCGUAGUGCCCUGUGGUUCUCAAUCCUUCUGCCAACGGGAACAUUUACUGUCCAUUGACUCUAUCCAGACACCUCAGGACUUUGAACACCUCCAUCAAAUCGUCUCUUAA